AUGGUAUAUCGCUCUGAUGAUGUCCGUCACGGUGGUACAGACGAAAGCUUAGCACAGUUUCAUCGGGGCCGCCAGACGGUGAUCCGAGGACUUCUUGGCACAUUUCAACAGUCUUCCUUACGCGACAAUCCUCCUUCGGUUUUCGGUGAGACCACAUCACGAAUUCCUUUAAACCAACUUUCCCUUCGAUAUGAAGAGUCAUUUCACAGCAGUAUUGAAGCCCCCUCAUCAGAUGGCAUGAUUAUACCAGUAUAA